AUGUACCAUCCAGUCACCUUCAUUGAUGCAACGUGCCUUCCCCUUAUUCUUCGAAAGCGAUUUUAUCCACACCCUUUCUCUCACAACCAUCAUCAUGCGUCUGAAUAUUCUUGCCCUGGCAAUACUGCCUCUGGCUUCCACGCUGCCACAAUCGUCCUCUCCAACGACGAUGGCUGGGCAGAAAUGAACAUCCGCACCCUCUACCGCACUCUCCAAGGCUCAGGUCACGAUGUCCUCAUGUCCACUCCUCCAGCCGACCAGUCAUCCGCUGGUGCCUUGACCGCUCCACCCACUCCACUGGAUAUACCCUGCCAUUACUAUGCCUGUCAUGCUGGCAGUCCUGUACAAGGAACAUGGCCAAGCGAUCAUAACAUCACUUAUGUGAACUCCUACCCUACCACCGCUAUGACGAUGGGCAUUGAGAGAGUCAUCAAUCAGACUGGCGUGUUACCCGAUCUCGCAAUAUCGGGUGUGAAUCUCGAGAAUAAUCUUGCAACUACAACAGGCCUCACUAGUGGUGCUAUUGGUGCCGCGAAAGCUGCUUCUUUGCUUCAUGUCCCGGCUAUUGCGUUUAGUGGUCAUUCUGGGUAUCCGAUGGCUUGGAAAUCUGUCACUCCACUGCAUUCGCGGGUUUAUGCUGCUAUGGCUCUUCAGCUUACUAAUGCUCUUUUGGCUUCUGGAGCGCCGUAUCUGCCUGGUGGUACUUGGUUGAAUGUCAACUUUCCGAAUGUUGAGCUCGGGGUUUGCGAUGCGGAGGGCGAUGGAAAGUUUGUGAUGAGCAGACUGUACGAUGGCAUGGGACAGGUGAAUGUAAAGACUUGUGGUAAAAAGCAAUUGCCCACAGAGGCAAGCGUUAUUGAGACAGAAGGAUGUUAUGUCUCUGUCAGUCUUGGUAUGGCUGAGACAUUGAAAGAUGCGAGCGCAGCGGAUCAAGAGAUGGUGAGGCAGAAGUUGGCGGGUAUUCUUACUUGUUCGCCUUGA